AUGGCAAGUCGUGAAAUUGGAGAUACAGAUUUGAUAAGAAUUACAAAGAGUAGAUUACGAACAAUCUCAAAUAAAAAAUGUAUAUUAUGUGUGAUUACACAGAAAAAGCUUGAAAAACUAGGUUAUUCAACAUUAUUGGCAACAACUGGUCAAGAAGCAAUCGAUCUUCUUCAAUCAAAAUUUGAAUCACUUAAUAUAAAUAAUUCAGGUUCUUCAGUUUUGGAAGAAGAUAAAAUAAAGUCUUUUGACAUUUCCUUAGUUUUAAUGGAUUGUAUAAUGCCUAAGAUGUCAGGUUUUGAUACUUCACGAGCAAUUAGAUCAAUGAAUUCACAAAUUUCAAAUAUUCCAAUAGUUGCUUUAACGGCUUCAGAAGAAGAAGAAACUUAUAGUAAAUGCAUAGAAUCAGGAAUGAAUCAUUGUCUUGCAAAACCAUUGAAAACUGAUCAAUUUAAUGAUAUUAUAUCUCAAUAUGGUGUAAAUAAUAUAAUGCAAUGA